AUGGCUAUCGUUAAAGUAUUAUUACCACGGACUAUAAAGAAUUUGCACGGGGAAACCGUACUGGUAACUGGAGCAGGUUCAGGUAUAGGACGUGAGCUUGCAGUACAAUUUGCUGAACUAGGUGCUACUGUUGUUUGUUGGGAUAUAGACACAAAAAGAAACAAUGCUGUUGUUGAUGAAAUUAGGGGAAAAGAUGGAGAUUGUUUAGGUUUCAUUGUAGAUGUGACAGUAUUAGAACAGGUGCUAUCAGCAGCGGCGCGAACGCGACGUUUGGCAGACGUGUCUAUCGUUGUGAGCAAUGCUGGUACAUUGACAUAUGCACCAUUUGUACAUUUACGAUCUGAUGCAAUCACCAAAAUGAUUGAGACUAAUUUAUUGGCGCACUUUUGGGUCAUACAAGCUUUCUUACCAUAUAUGAUAGAAAGGCGGAGAGGGCAUAUCGUGGCUAUCAAUUCUAGCGCCGGCCUCUCGGCUUGCACACAGAUGGUGCCGUAUUGCGCUGCUAAGUUUGGUCUUAGAGGCCUCAUGGAUUCAAUGAGUGAGGAGCUACGUCAACAGACAUGGACAAAAAAUAUAAGCACAACAUCUGUAUACUUAGGCACAGUGGCCACCGGCCUUUAUCCUACACCCUCUCAUCGUUUCAUAUCUUGGUACUCAGAGAUAACGGCAAAGGAUGCUGCGAAGAUUAUAAUAGAAGGUAUAAUUUAUACUAAACAUUUCCGGUCAACCAAAAGCAACACCAUGAAUGUGAUUAAG